AUGGCAACGAACUUUAAGCUCCACAACACCAAACUCCGCGAUAACAAUGAGAUAGCAAAACUAUUCAACUGGAGACAAAAGAAGCCCGUCUGGGAGAAAGACAAGACCGAGAUCGCCUUGCAAGUGGAACAAGUCAUGGCCACUCUUGAACUCGCUGUAGAAGACGACGUGGAUCUCAACAAACAAGGCAAACCUGCGACCAAUAAGCUUAUCAAGUUACCUAUCCUCGUCGCCGCUCUAUCCAAGAAAAAUCUUCAAGCCGAGUUCUUGGACCAUGGAGUGCUUAACCAUCUCAAGAACUGGCUCGAGCCACUUCCUGAUGGCAGCUUGCCUAAUAUCAACAUCCGGACAUCUAUCUUGCGUGUUCUUGAAGAUUUAAGUAUCGUGUUAGGCAAGGAACAAGAGUUUAGAAGAGAACAGUUCAUCAAGAGCGGUUUAGCCAAGGUUGUCCUCUUCUUAUGGAAGUCUGAUGAAGAGACUAGGGUUAACAGAAGAUUAGCUAAUGACUUGGUUAAUAGAUGGGGACAUAUGGUUUAUGAUAAGAGCACGAGAUAUGAGAACAUGUUGAGUCAGGAGGAACGUGAGGAGCAAGAUAGGAUGCUUUUAAGAAGACAGAACAUGCAGAGGGCUAAAGAAACAAGAGUUAGGCACUUUGAUGUUGAUAUUGACUUCUCUGAGGAUGCAAAACCCAAGGUGUUGUUGCCUGGUGGAGGAGGAGUGGGAAGAACGAUAGUACCAACGGCAAUGUUGAUGGACUUUGUGCUGCGUCCUGGACCGAAACAUGACAAGAAACUUGAAGCUCGUGCUAAGAUGCAAGUUGAUAAAGGAAGGUAUGAUAGUCUAAUGAAGAAGCGAAGGGAGAUCAUGAAGACGAGCCAGCAAGCUUUGAAGAUUUCUGUAGGGUCGCACAUAGCCAAAGUAUACUAG